CCCAUUCAUAAUGUCUUUGCGGUAUCCCGAUGAUAUGCUGCCAUCCGAUACUUCGAUAGAGCAGCGAAGGAUAGAAAAGUCUGUUCUGGAAAAGUACACUGAAUACGCUGAAAAACAUUCAAGUCUUAACGACUUAAAGCUAGAACGAGACGUUCAUGCAGCCUACCUUGCACGCGGCCUUAACUACCUGAGCCGAUGGAUGGUGGCGCUGGACGCGAGUAAACCCUGGCUAACAUACUGGAUAUUACACUCGCUUGAUCUUUUGGAAGUGGAAAUUUCUCAAGAGGUUAUUGAACGUGGUAUCUCUUCAAUAGUGUCAUGGCAAAUUUCUAGUGGUGGAUUUGGUGGUGGACCGGAUCAGCUUGCCCAUUUAGCCCCCACAUAUGCAGCCGUCAACUCGUUAGCUAUAUUGGGGACGAAGGAGGCCAUGAAUGUAAUUGACAGGAAAACGUUAUAUGCAUUUCUGUUGCGAAUGAAGCAACCUGAUGGUUCCUUUACCAUGCAUGAAGGAGGAGAAAUUGAUAUACGCGGCCUAUACUGCGCGUUAUCGGUGGCAGCCAUGACCAACCUUCUCACACCUGAACUCACAGCCAACUGCGUUGAUUUUAUUAAGAGAUCUCAGACAUAUGAAGGAGGAAUUGGACCCUACCCUGGCAAAGAAGCACACAAUGGCUACACCUUCUGUGGUAUAGCUGCUAUGCAAAUAUUAGGAGCUGUCGACAAGCUUGACAUGGAAGCUCUUUUGGCGUGGUGCGCUGGCCGACAAAUGAAUCUGGAAGGCGGGUUUCAGGGCCGAACAAAUAAAUUGGUGGAUGGAUGCUAUUCUUUCUGGGGAGCUGGUGAUUUCCCGAUCCUAUCUGCUGCACUGGAAGCAAAAGGAAAAGUUGCUGAAGGAGGACUGGAUUACUUAUUUGAUCGAGAGGCGUUACAACGAUACAUCUUGAUCUGCUGCCAAGAUGACCGAGGAGGAUUAGCCGAUAAACCCGGAGUUGGACCAGAUUAUUACCACACUUGUUAUUGUUUAUCCGGUCUGUCAACGGCCCAACACCAUAUCUAUUACGACAAGGCGGCGGCUGCGAAAGUAGCCGAAGCAGGCGUGGAUGUUAGCAGCGGGGGGAUUAGCUCAUUGAUGUGGGUCGCAACCUCGGACUGUGCUGUGCUGGGUGAUCCUGACAACCUAGUGGCUCCCACCCAUCCUAUCCACAACAUUACCCUCGCCAAAGCCAGAGCGAUGAUUCACCACUUUUAUGCACCUCAAUUACAGCCUAUUCAGACUCUUCUUCCAUGCGAACCGGAGAUUCCCCUUGUAGACGAGUAAUACUACUACGCUGUAAAAACACCCCCUCCCAUGGCUAAUGAUAUGCAAGCCAUGCAUAACGAAAUAAACUUGAAAAAAGAACCAACUCGCC